AUGUUCUUGCUCAAUGCGCAAGGAGUGAGGGAUGAUGUAAACCUGAAGGUGGGCUGGGGGCAAGGGCUGGUACCCCCACCACCACCCCAGUGGGUGUCCUCCCUCUCCUUUAUUUCCUCUCUCCUGGGCCUUCUGGACGGACACAGAGAGCCUCUCCGCACUGGUGCUGCACCUCACCAGGAUGAAGAAGUGCUUCUCCGUUCCAUGUUGGUCGCCAUUGUGGUGCUCGUUCCCCCGUCAUCCUUGACCCACCAGCACCAGCCAGAUGAUGCAGGCGUCCUAAAUGUGACCAUCACGUCCGGCCCGAGCGCUUCAGGCGAACUGGGCGCUUCGCUAACGUUGCCCUGCCUGGUGUCCCUGGCCCGUCCCCCGCUCUCCCCCACCACCAACGGCCGGCGCGCCGCCCUCUCUCUUCUCCGCAUCAGGUGGAGCCUGAUCGGCGGGGAGGAAACCGAGAUCCUGGUGGUCCGCGGCGACGCCGUGCAUGUGAGCGAGCCCUACCGAGGCCGAGCUUCCCUGCCGCAUUACGGCGUUUCCCCUGCCGACCUGACCCUCCGACUGGAAGGGCUGAGUUACAGCGACGCCGGCAAGUACCGGUGCCACGUGCAGCAAGGACCGGACCACGAUUAUGAUAUCACCCAAGUCCAAGUCCACGGUAUGGUUUUCCAUCUCGGUGAAUCGUCGCGAGGCCCUCACGACUUCACCUUCGAGCGGGCCCGCGAGGCCUGCGUCAAGAACGGGGCCCAAAUGGCCACGCCGGAGCAGCUGGUGGCGGCGUAUCACAGCGGUUACGAACACUGCCGAGCCGGCUGGCUCUCGGACCGCUCGAUCAGAUAUGUAGUUCAGAAUCCGAGAGAGGACUGCUUGGGUCUCAUGGAAGGACAUCCGGGAGUGAGGAACUUGGGAACUCUGGAGCCUCAGAACUCCGUUGAUGUCUACUGCUACGUGGGCCGCGUCACAGGCGAGGUGUUCUUUGGCUCGCAGUCGGCCCCUCGCGGUUUUACCUUUGAGGAGGCCGAAGCGUACUGCUCCAGUGAGGGCGCGGAGCUGGCCGGCCCGGGGCAGCUGUACGUGCUCCAGAACCACCACUGCCGCCCGGGAUGGCUCAAGGACGGCAGCGUGCGCCGCCUCGUGGCCUUCCCCAAGGGGCGCUGCGAGGACGUGCCAGGCAACCAGACGGACUUCCCCGAGACCACUAGCCGCCAUGAUGUCUACUGCUUUCGAGGUGACUUCUCCACCCCAUCGCCGCCAUUUCCUGUCACCGCUGAGUCGGAGCAUGUCAGCCAUCUUGUCUCCACGGAUGAAACAGCCACUAGUAGCGAGUCGGUCCAGACAGUCCAUCCUGUCACACAAAACCCUCUGAAGACCGAGCCCAAGACUUCACACGAGCCGCAGUCUGAGUCUGAGAGUCAUCCAGCGUCUCCUGUGAGCCUGGAGAUCUUCACAGAGGCAACAUCUAGACCAGUGAAGCUCACCAGCCCCUCAGAGGAACACCGGAACACUUCUGAGACUGAGUCUGGUACUGGAAAGGUGGAUUUGACGUCAUCUCCAACUGAAGAAGCAGGUUCUUCAACCACAGUUCUGCCCGCUUUGAACAAGAACAACCCACUUGAAGAGCACCCAGAGUCUGGAGAGAUUAUCCUAAAAAUUGACUCCUUGGUUACUCCAGAAACCAACGCAAUCACCUCAUCAGAACCAUCUCUGGAUUCAAGUGGGGAGCUCUCCGGUGUGGUGUCCAUGACGCCGGCAACACCUGAGAUCAAGACGGUUGACGUAGACCGAGCACCCUCCCCUGGGACACUGUCGGGGAUCCUGUCCACUCCCUUCCCGGAGGUGAUUACCUCAAUCCCAGACAGCACAGAUCUGGUGAGACACCUGGCAGCAGUCCACAGUACCGCAGAUGAAGAAAGAGACAAAACUAGAAGUGAAACCUCUGACAAAGCGUCAGGGGAAAGUCUAGAAGUAAAUCCAGAAUCAGUAUCAAAUCAGACAGACUCACCGGACCACCAUACGAAAUCUGGAACACCUCUUCCAUCGCAAACUACUUCCUCCACACAGCAAGUGUCUGGAUUCCACACAGAAGCUAACGCUCGUCUUCCUGUUGAGUGGGAUGAAGCCACCAGCACCACCAGUACCACCAGCACCACCAGCGGACCAGAAGGAGGACACGAGGAGACCGUCACUGAUGAGGUCUCGGUUCAAAGAUGUUCCAUGUGUCAGUUCGAAGACCAAACCAUGAAGUCCGUAACCCACCCACGCGUAGAUCCGGUAGAACCCACAGCCACGGCUGCGAGACCGGAAGCCAUCCUCGACCUGUGCGGGGCUGAGCCGUGUUCGAACGGCGGCACCUGCGUGGAGGGUGAGCCGCCCAAGUGUCUGUGCCUCCCGGGGUACGGCGGCCCUUUCUGCCAAUCAGACGUGGAGGUGUGCGAAGCCGGCUGGGUGAAGUUCCAAAGCUUCUGCUACCAUCACGUGACCGCGCGGCAGAGCUGGGAGGGGGCGGAGCAACACUGCCGGACGUUGGGCGGACAUCUCAUGUCCAUCAUGAGCCCCGAGGAGCAACUCCACGUCAACGAAAAAUACAGAGAAUAUCAGUGGAUUGGACUGAACGACAAAACCAUCGAGGGAGACUUCCGCUGGUCCGACGGAAACCUUCUGAUCUACGAGAACUGGCACCAAGGGCAGCCCGACAGCUACUUCCUGUCCGGCGAGGAUUGCGCUGCCACUGUUUGGCACGACGGCGGGCGCUGGAGCGACGUGCCCUGCAACUAUCAUCUGCCAUUCAUCUGCAAGAAGGGCCUCUCAUCCUGCGGCGAGCCUCCGGCGGUUCCCAACGCCAAGCCGUUCGGUGAGAUGCGGGCACGGUACGAGAUCCUCGCCAAGGUGCGCUACCGCUGCGACGCGGGCUUCGUGCAGAAGCUGAACCCCGUCAUCAGCUGUAUGCCGGGCGGCCGCUGGGAGGAGCCCGUCGUCAUGUGCCUGCCAGCUGGUUCUCACGAAGCCCCCGGGCGGCUCGGUUCAACCGCCGAGGUUCAUCGCGACGUGGAAGCGAUCACGGUGGCUCACACGCAAAGCAGCUCUACGCUCCCGGCACAUUAAGUCCACGUCGACCCUCCCGCUCUGACACUAACCUUAGUUUUUCCAAAUUAUGAUAAAAUAACGCUGUAAUUCAAAUAAUGCACCUGAGUUAUGUCAACAAGCAGUUUUAGUGUUGCUAUCACAGAUGAAUGAUGUUUUUUCUUUUUUUGGGGGGCCACGAAAAGGGUUCUAUUUUAUUAAAGCAAACAUGGUGGGGCGCUUGUGCUUUGCUUUUUGUUUGCUCAAUAUUCUUAGUGUACUGUGCUUUUUUUAAAAUUUCUUGCACAUCAACUUAUAGUGACAGUGUAUGUGAUUUAUAUUUGUUUAAAAUAAAAUGUCAAUAUUACAUUUGUACACAAUUACUAAA